AUGCUGAUAAAGAGGCUACCAUCGGAAGGGGGUUCGAUUGCAAUGAAUUAUCACUCUAACGCAGGCUACGGACGCGGGUUUCGUCCGCUGCCGAGACCUUCUUCCUCCGGAACGCUGUCCGGAGGCCCUCAGUAUGAACCAACGAACAAGAGGCAGAGACUGCAGGAGACUCCUGCUGUAGGAGCAGGCUAUCCACCCCCGCCGCUGCCAUACCAUAUGCCAACGCCGAUGGCAACUUAUCCUUAUUGCAUGCAGCCUCCGCCGGCAUCUCAUCCCAUGCCAUUGCCUUAUAUGAGCAACGAAUGGUCUGCGCAGCCGUACCGGGAACCUCCGCAGACGAUUGCUGGGUCAAGGCAGCAGCCCCAGUCUGUGGAAAUUGAAGCUGCCUCUGGGGAUGAGGAAGGAGAUGAACGUGGGAACGAUGAGAGUUCACAGGAUGAGAGCUCUGAGGAACAGCAAUCCGAAGCCACAGGUUCGCAACCGCUCACUGUGCCAGGGACUUCCAUUACGCUGGCGACAGAGGAAGACAUUCUGAAAUGGCGGGAGGAGAGGAAAAGAAUGUGGCUAUUGAAGAUCUCGAAUAAUAAGCAAAAGCAUAUGCAGGGCAUGGGCAUUAAAGAGGAGGAUCUAAAGGUCCAGAAAAGUGCUUUGCAGGAGGGAAAAAAGCAGAAACAGUUCAUACAAAACAUUCAAAAUCAAGUCAACAGAAUAAACCCUCGGUCUACACUCAGUGUGAGAAUUGCGCAGCGGGAAAUGGCACAAGAGAACUCAAGGCUCCUGGAUUUCAUCGAAAAGCUGGGUGAUGCUGGUCUUCUUAACUGUGAGCUCACAGAAGAGGAAAAGGAGAAGCUGUUUGGCCCACAUGACAGCACUCAGAAGAAAGGAAGAAACUCUUACAGAUCGGACUUUAAGAAAAGUGACACUCACACAUCCAACAAAGCGUACCAUCGUCGUUAA